UGCCCUUUCUGGAUCGCCGACGUCAAGUCCUAAGCUACCCCGCCGAGAACCACUUGCGAACGUCCCAAGUUUCCAGUCAUUUGUGCCAUUUCCUCUCUGAGUACCUUAGUGUAGGUACCUUGGUAAUUGAGUGCCCGAGAUGAAGCAGAGGUUCUCAUCCCUAGAUGUGAAGGUGAUUGCGCAUGAGCUUUCUGAAGCACUUGUGUCCUUGCGCCUGGCGAAUAUCUACGACCUCAACUCCAAGAUACUCCUCCUGAAAUUUGCGAAGUCAAAUAGCAAACAACAGCUCCUUAUCGAGUCCGGCUUCCGUUGUCACUUGACCGAUUUUACCCGUGCUGCCGCCCCAGCCCCGAGUCAGUUUGUCUCGCGCCUGCGCAAGUUUCUUAAGACCCGUCGCGUCACUGGCGUCUCGCAAAUCGGCACCGACCGCAUCAUCGAGUUUCAGUUCAGCGAUGGAACAUACCGCCUAUACCUCGAGUUCUUCGCCAGCGGCAAUAUCAUCCUGACAGACGCCGAUCUCAAGAUCCUCGCGCUGUUGCGAAAUGUUCCCGAGGGAGAAGGCCAGGAGCCCCAACGGGUCGGUCUGUCUUAUACGCUGGAAAACAGACAGAACUUUGGGGGCGUCCCGCCCCUGACGAAGGAGCGUCUUGUGGAAGCUCUCAAGACGGCAUCAGAACGAGCGCCGGGAAAGAAAAGCAAGAAAGGGUCGGACGAUUUGAGACGGGGACUUGCCACAACAAUAACCGAACUACCGCCUGUUCUUGUCGAUCAUGUUGUCUGCCUUACAAGCUUUGAUUCUGCCGCGAAACUCGCUGACAUUCUGGAAAAUGAAUCCCUGCUCGACGCUCUGUUCCAGGCGCUAGAGCAGGCGAGAUCUGUUUUGGACGGAGUCACUAGUUCACCCGUCGCAAAAGGCUAUAUUAUUGCGAAGCCCACUCCCCGCGCUGCGAAUGACACUGCGGAUAACACUCCGGAUGGCGACGAGAACCGAAAGGACAGAGCACGAAACCUGCUUUAUGAGGACUUCCAGCCCUUCCUGCCCAAGCAGUUCGAGAGCGACCCGACCUAUCAGGUAUUGUCCUUUGAUGGCUUUAACAAGACAGUUGACGAGUUCUUCUCCUCUCUCGAGGGCCAGAAGCUCGAGUCGCGGCUGCAGGAACGCGAAGCCACGGCCAAGAGGAAACUAGAGGCGGCUCGCCAGGACCAGGCGCAGCGGAUCGAGGGGCUCCAGGAGGCCCAGAUACUGAAUCUCCGCAAGGCAGCAGCAAUCGAGGCGAAUGUGGAACGGGUACAGGAAGCCAUGGACGCCAUUAACGGCCUGCUUCAGCAGGGCAUGGACUGGGUCGAUAUUAACAAGCUUGUGGAGCGGGAGCAGAGGCAGCACAACCCUGUUGCUGAGAUCAUCAAACUUCCAAUGAGGCUCCACGAAAGCAUCGUUACGCUCCUGCUCGGCGAAGAAGAGGAGGAACCCGAGGCAGAGGAAAAGGCCGACUUUGACUACGACACCGACGAAGAAACCGCUGACGACGCUCCGGUGGAUAAAGCGAAGGGACCGGACAAGCGACUGGCCAUCGACAUCAACAUCAAGCUCAGCCCUUGGAACAAUGCCCGGCAGUACUACGAACAGAAGCGCACAGCUGCCGACAAGCAACAGAAGACCGUUCAACAGACCGAGAUUGCUCUCAAGAAUGCCGAACAGAAGAUUACGGAGGACCUCAAGAAAGGGUUGAAGCAGGAGAGGCCGUUGCUGCAGCCCGUCAGAAAGCAGAUGUGGUUCGAAAAGUUUCUAUGGUUCAUCUCGUCCGACGGUUAUCUUGUGCUUGGCGGCCGAGAUGCUCAGCAGAACGAGAUUCUUUAUAAGCGGUAUCUGAGAAAAGGCGACGUCUACGUUCAUGCAGACAUGCACGGUGCCCCGACUGUGAUCAUAAAAAAUAAUCCCAAGACGCCUGAUGCGCCCAUUCCGCCGUCGACACUCGCGCAAGCCGGGAAUCUGUCGGUGUGCUGCUCGAACGCAUGGGACUCCAAGGCAGCGAUGGGUGCGUGGUGGGUGAACGCUGACCAGGUUUCAAAGGCGGCUCCGGCUGGGGAGUACCUCCCGGUGGGCUCAUUUAUGGUCCGAGGAAAGCGUAAUCCGCUGCCACCGGCGCUGCUGAUGCUUGGCUUCGGUUUGAUGUUCAAGAUCUCCGAAGAGAGCAAAGCCAGACACGUCAAGCAUAGGCUGUACGACACUGCGGACAUCAAUACUACUGGCGCGGCUUCAGUGACCACUGCCGCGGAGGUAGAGGACACUAUAGCGUCGGAAAGGCACGCCUCCCCCGAGAGCAGCGACAAAGAAGACGAGGAUGAUGAGAAAAGGGUGAACCCCCUGCAGCCAAAUUCAGCGGAUCGUGGGGAGGCCCUUGAUGAGUUACUAGAGGAGGAGGAGGGGCCUGAGCCACCGUCGGAAGAAUUAGCGGCUGUCGGAAUCACCGAAGGCACCCCUGCGCCGGCUGAGCAAGAGGAAGAGCUCAAGCGCACUGCUGCCGAACACGACGCCGAAGACGACAUCGAACCGAAACCGGAAGCGGAACCCGGGGCAAACGAAACAUCCGGCCCAUCGCCUAACGCCGCAACACCGUCCACGCGCCCGGAAACGCGAUCGGCCACCUGGGAGUCUCAGAAGAAACACCCGCUCAAGCGCGGCCAGCGCGGCAAAGCCAAAAAGAUGGCCACCAAAUACAAAUAUCAGGAUGAAGAAGACCGCGCGCUCAUGGAAGAACUCCUCGGCGUCACAGCAGCCAGGCAGAAAGCCGAAGCCGAAGCCGCCGCCAAAGCGCAGCGCGAGGCCGAGGCCGCAGCCGCCCGCGAGCGGCGCCGCCAAGCACAGGAGCGCGCCAAGAAGCAGAUUGCCGAGCACGAGGAACUGCGCCGGCUCAUGCUCGAGGAGGGCGUCGAGGUUCUCGACGACGCCGAGGCGAUGGAGCUGGGCCCGCUUGAUGCGCUGGUCGGGACACCGCUGCCGGGCGAUGAGAUACUCGAGGUGGUGCCGGUCUGCGCGCCGUGGAAUGCGCUUGCAAAGGUCAAGUACAAGGCCAAGCUACAGCCGGGACAGGUGAAGAAAGGGAAGGCGGUGAAGGAGAUCGUGGAGAGGUGGAAGAUGGCGGCCGGGAAGAAAGGGGUGCUGGACGAGCGGGCGGAAGACGUGGAGAAGAUGUGGCCGCGGGAAAUAGAACUCAUCAAGGGGCUGAAGGUUGAGGAAGCCUUCAACGUGGUGCCGGUUGGGAAGGUAACGGUUAUGAUGUCCGGGGGUUCGGCUAGUGGGGGUGGAUCGGGAGGGAAGGGAGGCGGGAAGAGGGGAGGCGGUGGUGCAGGUGGUGGGCAAAAGGGCGGGAAGGGGAAGGGAGGGAAAAAGAGAUGAUCGACCCGGGCAUCCUUGGGAAACAGAUCCAUCACUGCUGUAUAGGUACACACGAUAUGCUGUGCUCUCCGGGGGCGAGUGAGGCGGCUGCGCAAGUACCCCCCAGCGCCUUCAUUUCGUAGAGCCUGAAGUCUGCAAUUUACUUGCAGGCGACCAAAGAGCACAAUAUGUAAGGUAACGUUAUGUAUCACAGCCUGUGCAUGCAGGGGGU